AUGUGUCUGGUUCCAGCCGGAUUUUGCGGGUUCAGCAUUCGGGAUGACCGGAGUGCAAAGGUUUAUCGUCGUUACAAUCUACUGCCAUAUUGUCUAUGUUUCAGUCUAAAUCUUCAUGUUCAUGUAAGUUUUGGGUUUAUUCUUACUUCAUACUAACUUUAUGGAAUACCAUUUUAUGGCGUAUUUUACAAAUCUUCAAAAGAAAUUUGAUUUUUUUAUUGAUUUUUUAAUUUUUUAUUCCUAAAAUACGACCAGGCCAUUGCAAAAUUUUUCUUUGCAAAAAUUUUACUUCAUAGAUUCUAAGUUUUAAAUUUUGCGACUGCACAGUGCAAUUUGUUUUUUUUUUUUGUUUUCUGUACUAACCUUUACACUACCGUUAAAGGCCGAAUUCUCAAAACCGGAUGCUCGGAUUUUUUUUAAAUCUUGCAAGUAGCAUUUCCAUUGGUCAUAUUUUGAUCCUUAAAAAUUUUAGCUCAAACUCUCCAACAAGUGCAGAGAUAUUUCACAAUAUUUGCGGAUAUUGAAAAUAAUGAAAUAGGGCUAAUUUUUGGGCUGUAUCUUGGCGAGGUUUGCAUGGAAACAUUUGAAUUUUUGUGUCAGCACUAUACUCCGCAAUUAGAAUGAGACUAGUAAACUUUUUUAGAAAAAAGUCCAAAAAAAAUUUUUUUUUUUUUUUGGAUUUUUUGGCCUAAAAUCCCGAAGAUUUCUGUAAACGUAAGCAAAAAAAUUCAAAUAUGAUUUAGAAACUUCUACAGGGUGGGCCACUCGAAACGGGUAAGUUUUUUCUUUGGAUUUCUCCGCGGAGACUCCGCCGAUUUUCCCGAAAUUUAGAUUUUUGUGUAGCUGAGACCCGCCAUUUUUAACCGGUUGAAUUUGAAAAAAAUAUAUUUUGAAUUGACCUUUCUAUGCCUUCCCAAAGUUUUGAAGAAUUAUUUUCGAGCCGAAACCGCUAAAACUUUGAAAACUUUUGGAAUGAUUUUCAAUUGACUUUCCCGGACUUGGAAAAUUUUUGGCUUUUUUUGGGGGAAAUCGCGGAGUAAAAAGUUGCUAGUGCUCGCCUUAAACUUGUUUAAAGCAAGUUGAAAGCCACAAGAGGGUUGUUUGUAUUACCAUUAGGGCACGAACAUUCAAAAAAAAAAAGGUUUCAAAAAGAUUGCAAAAGUCCACACAAUUGGCAACGAGCCCCAGCUCCAAGUCAUCAUUGAAGCUUGGAGCCCAGCCCGAUUAAAGAUAGACGAUGUUCACGAUCUGCAAUUCGAGCUGUUCACGACUCUCAUGACUCUCAAAGCUCCUACAAGUUUGUGCUGCGAGAGGAAAUGGGCAUUUCGGACUCAGAUAGAAAUAUUAAUAAUCAGGUCGUUAAAUAAAAUUGUUUUUACGACAAAUAUUUUAUGGUUAUCUGAGGUAAAACUUAGAAAAUUUCACCCAAAAACUCGAAAAAAUGACCAAGUUUUCGAAAUCAUUCCAAAAAUUUUCCAAGUUUUAGCGGUUUCGGCCCGAAAAUAAUUCUUCGAAACUUUGGGAAGGCAUAGAAAGGUCAAUUCAAAAUAUAUUUUUUUAAAAUUCAACCGGUUAAAAAUGGCGGGUCUCAGCUGCAGAAAAAUCUAAAUUUCGGGAAAAUCGGCGGAGUCUCCGCGGAGAAAUCCAAAGAAAAAACUUACCCGUUUCGAGUGGCCCACCCUGUACUCUAAAUUUGAGUCAAAUUUUAUCAAAUUCCGAUGGGUUUUGCUUUGAAAAUUUUUCGAAUUUUUUGCACUGUGCGGAAGAAAAGAAUGAAAAAGACUGCACAGUGCAGUAGAAAAUUUUUUUAUCUCCCAAACAAAGUCAAAGAGAUCCAAAAACGAGCCAUUUAUAUAAUCACAACCCUUCAAGAUCAAUUUCUACCUUGAUUUUGCAGUUCAUUUCUUACCGUACAUUCCAGAGCGCUGCGUUUUAUAUGGCCAUAUCCGAUAUAAUCACCUAUUCUUAUGUCUUAUGCCGGCUUUGGCGGAAGUUUGAAGCCGAAUAUUUUUGGUAUAUCGAAUAUGCGACCACAAUGUCUCUACUGUUCGCCACGAUCAUGGUCGUGAUUGGAAAUCGCCUCAGAAGACGGGGAUUUUAUCAACUCUACCUUCAAGUUCAUGUAAGUCAAUAUAAAAAAGUGUUCAAAAUAAAAUUUACAUAUCGUAUUUUAGAAGGUCCUGCUUUAUGGAAUGCUAAUCACAGUUUUUGCUCGCUACAUUUCAAUGUGGAUGUUUUUGCGGGAGACCGAUGAUCUUAUAGGCGCCUAUUUCUUUACUGUCUUCAAAAUGAUUGAAUUAUUUCUUAUCACGUGCGCAUUCUGGUACGCAAAUAGUCGACGAGGGACGAUCAUUCACGAUUAUUGUUAUGUUUGCGAAAAGAAGCCGAACAAUGACAGAAUGAUUAUUGUUUGA